AUGACGGAGGAGUUUGGAGCGCUCUUUAUGGCCCAUACCAUGGCACGGAUAUCAGAUUCGACAAAGAUGAUUCUUGCCUUUGAUGAUGAUGAGGAUGAGCAAUCAGAGAUGGAGGCGGGAUACGGGGAUGACGGAGGAGAUGACGGUGGAUAUGGGAAGGGAGGUGGUAGAGGGAGACGGGGAGAUAGAGGAGGGGGUGGAGGAAAUAGAAGGAGGAUUGGAGGGGGGGAUGGAGGUAGAGGGAGGAGAGGAGGGAGGAGAGGAGAUAUUGGGAGGAGAGGAGAUAUUGGGUUAGUCAGACAACCAGGUGGUGAUGGAGGUAGGGGAGGUUUGGUUCUUAGAGUUGGCGGGGUUGGCAAAGUAGGCGAGGUGCUAGCAGCUGUGGGUGGGACGGAGGAGUUUGGGCGGCCGACCCAAAGGAGGAGAUUAGAUGUAUUACCUCCAUCGGGGCCUAGGAUAGGGACGGGGAUGGGUGGGACCGUGACAGAGGUACCUAUUUAG